GAGAGUUCCCAACUCUUUCGAUUGCAAAAUGUUACGGAAUUCGUGCGUGUUGCUUGGCGCAUUCGUUUGCCUUUGCGUGGCCGGUGGAGCGUCAUCGAGCUACGUAAAUCCGUUCCAACCGUUCGAAUCGGACCAAGAAAAAUGGGCGGAGACCUCGGACAACUACGAGGAACUACAGCAAUACCACCACAUGGGUGACGCCGAGAACAAAGAGGACAAACCAGCAGGGACGUUCAACGACGAUGGCCCCUCUUGCAGUCUCGAGGGUAUACCAGCGCCCCCCGUGGACAACCCCGUCAACAAGAGUGCCGGUGACUCCGAGAAACCCGAGUUGAAACCGCAAGUCGAAGAACCAACCGACGCCAAGGAGCAAGUUAAAAUGGACGACGAUGAGGAAAAGCUCAAGCCAGCUCCAGUGAAGGAGGACUCCAAGGUGAAACCGGCUGCUGAAAUCGAGGAACCCCAACUGAAAUCGGCCCCCGUCAACCCCCGAAAGCCCCCAAGCGGUACCACCGAGGGCUUGUACGCUCAGAAAAACAAGGCGGAAAGUGGUAAUUAAAAUUAUUUGAUUUCACAGCUAUGAAAGUUUUGGUGUCGGACGGUAUGCAAAUCCGAGCUUUGCAGCAUGUUGUGUGUGUGCGUGUGUGUGUAAAAUUGACUUUAAGAAACCUCUAGCAUCUCUAUUUAAGUGAAAUGUAUAAUCGUAAGGAGAAAAUUAAAAAUUGCGGUGAGAACUAGUCACGAUGUAAAUUUACAAAUAUACAUUAUUUUAUAGUUUACAGCAGC